AUGUUCAUUUCUAUCUAUCUAUCUAUCUAUCUAUCUAUCUAUCUAUCUAUCUAUCUAUCACAUAUAUUUUGCAAAAUAAAAAUAAAAAACAGGAAUUUCUCAAAAAAGAAAAUCCACGCACAUAUAUCUAAAAUUUGGAAACUAGCUAGGAUUCCUAUUCUAAAUAAUUUCUUCAUCUAUCUAUCUAUCUAUCUAUCUAUCUCAAUCAUCUAUCAAUCAGUUCUCUUUCUCUCUUUAUUUCUAUCUAUCUAUCUAUCUAUCUAUCGCAAUCAUCUAAUCAGUUUGAAUAAAGCAGGGUUGGGGGCAGACCAAGAAGAAUUAUACACUAAUCUAUCAUUUCAAGUUUUCCCUUAUUUCUUUCUUCAUCGUGACAUUAAAUAUUUUUCUUUCUUUCUUCUUUUAAUGCUUACGGGCCCCCAAAAUGUCUUUUUUUUUUCUUUUUUUAAGAAAUCGAUCCAAAAAAGUAAAGACAAAAAGUUAUCUCUCUUUCUCUCUCUCUCUCUCUCUCUCUCUCUGUUACAGAAAAUUCUGUUCAAAAAACUUUUACAUAUUCGUUUCCUACGAACUGGAUGGCAUCAAAAGUUUUCACGUGUUAAUUUCUCUCUCUCUCUCUCUCUCUCUCUCUCUCUCUCUCUCUCUCUCUCUCUCGCUGUCUCUUCCCCACCCGGCAAAAAGCCCGAGCAAUAUAUCAAUCUGCUCAUCUAUCUAUCUAUCUAUCUAUCUAUCUAUCUAUCUAUCUAUCUAUCUAUCUAUCUAUCUAUCUAUCCUGGUCUCCUACCUAAGAAUGAGAGAUCUAUCUAUCUAUCUAUCUAUCUAUCACUAUACCAAUGCUGUCUAUCUACCAGUACCUACCUACCUGUCUGUCUGUCUGUCUACCUAAUCUGUCUCUCUACCAAUCUAUCUACCUAUCUAUUUACUAGUAUGCCUAUCUACCUACCAAGUUACCUGCCUGUCUAUCUACGUACGUACGUACCUACAUGUUUGUUUUUAUCUAUCUAUCUAUCUAUCUAUCUAUCUAUCUAUCUAUCUAUCUAUGAUGACACCUGA